CACACUUCCACACGCACCUCGGUAGUUGUGAAUUCCAAGCACGCUGGUCUCCUCAACGCAAGCCCCUCCUCAAGAUGACGAAACGAACCCGCAAGGUUGGCGUGACUGGAAAGUACGGUACCCGUUACGGUGCCUCCCUGCGUAAGCAGGUGAAAAAGAUGGAAAUCACGCAGCACGCCCGGUACACCUGCACGUUCUGCGGCAAGGACUCCGUGAAGCGCCAGGCAGUGGGUAUCUGGAAGUGCGGGUCAUGCAAGAAGGUGAUCGCGGGUGGGGCUUGGACGGUAUCGACAACAGCAGCUGCCACUGUCCGCAGCACUGUCCGCCGGUUGCGCGAGUUGACCGAGGCGUAGGGUCCUAUCUGUCGUUCUCGUAUUUUCAUGCUCUGUAUUUGCCUCCACGCACGCUGCAUAUGUACAUGCACUAUGAACCACUCGACUACACCAUGACCAGGGUGCAAUGCAAUGUACUCUUAAAAGCUCUUGCAGCGCGCCGAGGUCUCGAGCGGCAUGAGGAUGAAACAUCAACGGAAAUGUAUUACACUUGUUCAAUGACACACUGCACAUGCAUGCUAC